AGGGCAGGGGCGGGGCGGAGGCUGUGGAACCGCUAGGCCGGGCCGGGCUGGGCCGAGCCGAGCCGAGCGCGAGAGCUCCCGGCGCCGACACCGAGCCCGAGCCCCAGCCCCGGGUCCGCCGCCAUGCGCUGGAUCCGCGCGCUGCUGAAGAACGCGUCCCUGGCUGGGGCGCCCAAGUACAUCGAGCACUUCAGCAAGUUCUCCCCGUCCCCGCUGUCCAUGAAGCAGUUUCUGGACUUCGGGUCCAGUAAUGCCUGUGAGAAAACCUCAUUCACCUUCCUCAGGCAGGAGCUGCCUGUGCGCCUGGCCAACAUCAUGAAAGAGAUCAACCUGCUUCCUGACCGGGUGCUGAGCACACCCUCGGUGCAGCUGGUACAGAGCUGGUAUGUCCAGAGUCUCCUGGACAUCAUGGAGUUCCUGGACAAGGACCCAGAGGACCAUCGUACCCUGAGCCUGUUCACCGAGGCCCUGGUCACCAUCCGGAACCGCCACAACGACGUGGUGCCCACCAUGGCACAGGGCGUGCUUGAGUACAAGGACACCUAUGGCGACGACCCCGUGUCCAACCAGAACAUCCAGUACUUCCUGGACCGCUUCUACCUCAGCCGCAUCUCCAUCCGCAUGCUCAUCAACCAGCACACCCUGAUCUUUGACGGCAGCACCAACCCAGCCCACCCCAAACACAUUGGCAGCAUUGACCCCAACUGCUGCGUCUCUGACGUGGUGAAAGAUGCGUAUGACAUGGCCAAGCUCCUGUGUGACAAGUAUUACAUGGCCUCACCUGACCUGGAGAUCCAGGAGAUCAAUGCAUCCAACUCCAAACAGCCAAUUCACAUGGUCUAUGUCCCCUCCCACCUCUACCACAUGCUCUUUGAACUCUUCAAGAAUGCCAUGAGAGCGACGGUGGAAAGCCAUGAAUCUAGCCUUGUUCUCCCACCUAUCAAGAUCAUGGUGGCCUUGGGCGAGGAAGAUCUGUCCAUCAAAAUGAGUGACCGAGGUGGGGGUGUCCCCUUGAGGAAGAUUGAACAACUCUUCAGCUACAUGUACUCCACAGCACCCACCCCCCAGCCUGGCACCGGGGGAACCCCACUGGCUGGCUUCGGGUACGGACUCCCCAUUUCCCGCCUCUAUGCCAAGUACUUCCAGGGGGACCUGCAGCUCUUCUCCAUGGAGGGCUUUGGGACCGACGCUGUCAUCUAUCUCAAGGCCCUGUCCACGGACUCAGUGGAGCGCCUGCCAGUCUACAACAAGUCAGCCUGGCGCCACUACCAGACUAUCCAGGAGGCCGGCGACUGGUGUGUGCCCAGCACGGAGCCCAAGAACACGUCCACAUACCGUGUCAGUUAGGGGCUACCCCACUGUUCUGUACCUGAGAGGAUGGACUGCUUGCUGUCUUUGGGACUGGCCCCCACGGUUACCCUCCUCAUCCCCUGCCCUCCAGGUGGGGAGACUCUCCCUGAUGACCAGCUUCCGUCUCUAUGGAAAUCCCUGCGGUGACCAGUUGGUGGUGGCCCCUAAGUGCAAAUCUCUGUCUUUAUAGAGAUUCUGUGGAGGUGGUCUCCCCAGUGUUCAAUCUCUGUGGGUGAUCCCUGAGGAUUGGGGGAUGUCUCCACCCUGCUGGGGUAUCCCAGAAAUACGUUCCCAUGGCAGUCCUCUUCUCUGAGACCAGAGCUGCCAUUUUUCUGCCAGGGGUCCUGGGUCCCCCUCACUGCCCUCCACAGCCUGGCCUUCCAAACAGAUGCCCCUGCUUGCCUUAUACCCUUAGUCUGCCAAGGCACCCCAGCCCUAGUCCCGAGUCAGCAUUAGGAAAGGACUUGGUGCCCCCAGAUCAAGGUGGUAGGUGAGGAAAGGGGUGGACUCCUGGGUGGGUACCUGGUCUGGCAGCCUCUCCCUCCACUCUGAGCUUCAGGUCAACGUUAGGAGGAAGGGAGUUACCAGGACCUCACCCCUAAAGUUUACCUCUAGAGUGGAGGAAUCUGGGAGGACCCUGAGGUACUCGCCCAGCCAGGCUGCUCGAAGCCCUGCAGGCGGCCCAGCAGUGUUUCUGCCACCUCCCAAGCCCUUCCCCGCAUGUCCUCACAUGCACACACCCACCCGCCCACUUCACACCCACACCGUCGCCUGAGCUUCAGCUCCCAGCUCCCACUGUACACGGACAUGUGUGCUUGGGGUGGCUUUCUCCCUAGAAUGCUGUGUGUACAUAGCUAGUUUUAUAGCCCUGAAUAUCCCCAUCCUCCCCCCUAGCACACGGGAGGUUAAAGUUGUGUGCUUCUCCCAGUGGCUGUGAUGGUGACAGUGACAUCCACAGUAAAGAGAUCCAAUGAGAA